AUGGCUGACUCAAAAGAAUCUCCCGCCGAACCCGAGCCCGGUUCCGAUUUUCUCCCUAGCGACACUCUCUCCAAUCAGUUUAGAAAUUUCUAUCGGAUGGCCACCGGCAAGAUGUCUCCGGAGGGACAGAGGUUAUACUGGGAAGAUGCGGACGAAAGAUACAGCAAAAUAGAUUGUAAACGGUGUGAGGAGCAGCGAGAUUAUUUGUUAAAAUAUUCGCCCAUCAUCAGAUUCAUGACGGACAACAUACGAAACUUGGGAGGGGACAUUGGAAGACACAAUAUUCGCUGUCGAACUUGCAAGACGGGUCAACUGGGUGGAUUUGAUCAUAAGUAUGGGAUCAUGAUCUGUGCCAAUUGGGUAGAGAAGAAGAGCAUGCUGGAAGAUGUUAUGGCUCAUGAGAUGGUACAUGCCUACGACCAUUUGCGAUUCAAGACGGAUUUGGGUCCAGAGGAUGACUUGCGACAUGCUGCUUGCUCGGAGAUCAGAGCAAGCAAUCUCAGCGGAGAAUGUCGAUGGGCGAACGAGUUCUUCCGAAAUAAAAUCCUCUCCUUCACAAACCAUCAUCAAGACUGCGUUCGACGGAGAGCAAUACUUUCAGUCAAGUCCAGACCGAAUUGCAAAGACGAUGUCCAGGCCGUCAAAGUGGUGAAUGAGGUCUGGGACAGUUGUUUCAGAGACACGAGGCCUUUUGACGAAAUCUUUCGUUGA